AUUAGCUCACAUUUAAAUUCUUUAUCUCAUUGUCAUAAGCUGCAUACAUUUGAAAAAAAAUAAUAUUUUAAGGUUAUUUUCAAGCAGUUGUUUACAAAUUAAAUAUACUGUUAUUGAAAAUAGUUUAAAAGUAGAGACUGGAUUAUAUGCAACAUGGAAAGCUUGAAAUAUGCUUGAUCAAGGGUUAAAAUAUACAUGAAAGUAUCUAAAUAUGUAAAAUUAAAUAAUAAAAUAAUGCUGUUUAUACUUUUACAUCUUGUUAUUUUUGUAAACAAACAAUAAGGUAUUCCUUCAAAUGUUCAGCGGUAAGACGAUGCCUUUGAUCACUCAAAAUAUUAUUAUGGGUGGAAAAAGAACGCUCCACAUCCAUGGAGGUGACUGGACAUUAUUUGAAUCUGGGUGCUAUGCUAGCUUUUAUUGUCUCUGGCAAAACGUCACCAGUACCAUUAAUAAAGUUCUCAAUUUGACUGCUUAGGCUGGACGUUCAUAGGAUGUAGGCGCCAAUUCACUCGAACGUCUUAUCUACUAAAAUUUUUAUUGGGAACUUUAUCGAUUGGCGCAAAAGCAUGAGAUCAACAAAUUUGUCUAGCUGCAACGUAAAAUGUAACUUAUUAUCGAGAUAACAUGCGGAAAAAGUAAGUAAUUAUAGCAAAAAUAUGCAACGUCUCUAGUUUUUUGUUAAAAUAUGCAACCAGUGAAAAUAGGCUUAAUAUGCAAAUGCAUAUAAUCCGGUCUCUAAUGAUAAGCUUUACCAUCAUUAAGUAAAUUGUAAGGAUGCUGAUUCUAAAUCUCGUGUUAUAUGAUAGGCGAUGACGUGUUCUCCCAUCUUUUUGGUGGGGGCUUCUUUGGUGGCUUUGGGGGCGGUGGCGGAGGCAUGCGCCGUCGUCAGAGAGGAGAGGAUACUAUCCAUCCUCUUAAGGUCACCUUAGAAGAUAUGUACAAUGGAAAGACAGCUAAGUUGCAGCUGAGCAAGAGCAUUAUUUGUGCUUCAUGCAAAGGCAAAGGCAGCAAGUCAGGCCAGAGCGAGAAGUGCCGUGGAUGUAAUGGAUGUGGGCUGAAGGUGACGUACCGUCAGAUUGCCCUAGGAAUGGCGCAGCAGACCCAAUCAAGAUGCCCUGAGUGUCAAGGGGAGGGAGAGAUUAUUAAAGAGAAAGAUCGUUGUACGACUUGUAAAGGCAAGAAGGUCUGUAAUGAAUCAAAAAUCUUGGAGGUGCAUGUAGACAAAGGCAUGCGAGAAAAUCAGAAAAUAUUUUUCAGGGGUGAGGGUGACCAGCAACCUGAUGUUGAGCCUGGUGAUGUGGUGAUCAUCCUGCAACAGAAACCUCAUGAUGUGUUCCAAAGAAAUGGUGACGAUCUGCAUCUGAAACAUACCAUUUCCUUGACAGAAGCUUUAUGUGGUUUUACUUUUAUAGUACGUCAUUUGGAUGGGAGAGAUAUUGUUGUAAAACACCCGCCUGGCGACGUUAUCAAGCCCGGUGAUGUAAAAGCAGUGAUUGGCGAGGGUAUGCCAAUAUACAAGAAUCCAUUUGAGAAGGGCAACAUGUACAUCUCCUUCAACAUCAAAUUUCCAGAGAACCAUUUCACUACUGAGGAGAACCUCAAAUUAAUUGAAACCUUGCUGCCUCCACGACCUUCAUUUGAAAUGCCUCAAGGGGAACAAGUUGAAGAGGUGGAUUUACAGGACUUUGAUCCGAACGAUAGGAGUUCUUACUCUGGCAGGGGCGAAGCAUACGCUAGCGACGACGAGGAGCAUUUUCACGGGGGUCCCGGUAUACAAUGUGCAAACCAAUAGGAUGGGUAUUCCAUAGGGUAAUACGAUAAACAUUUAAACAUAAACCGACUCACAGACACUCAUACGCGAGCUCUGCGCUUCUUUCUAAAUAAGGAUAUACCUAGAUAUUUGUAAAAUAUUAUUUUUUCUCUUAAUGCUUUUGUAGAAAGAUGAGUUUAUCAAGUCUAUUUGCAUGGACCCACUUUUUUAUGUAUUUGUGUCUAAUCCAGUUUAGAUUCACAUAUUAUGUAUAAGUUGCUGGGCGACUUUUUCCACUGAUUAUGGUCUAAGAAACAUUCAAACAAAAAUACUUAAUGAUAAUUUUUUUAAACUAAAUCAGUGAAGCAUGUAUUGCAAGAAUACUAUGUGGCACUGGGUUAUUAAACACUUGAAAGGAAGUCCGUAAUAACUCAUUAUGAUAUACUUUUUAAUAAAUAUAUCAGAAUGGGAAACAUAUGCAUGGUCAGAUACUUGAAAUAACAGACACAAGAUCAUAAACUUAUCUAACAGGAUUAGUUUGAAAAUAUUGCUUAAAAUUAUGGAACAAAAUCAAUGAUGCAGUGUAUUUGUUAUUCCCAAUCUGACAUCACUAAACUCAUAUUUCUACAUAAUAUAUAAACAUAUUAGAUUGUUUAGUUUAUUGACGUAAAAUUUGUGUUGUGAUUUAACGUUAUUUGGCGAGAAUAUGACAGUUUUUCAGUUAUAUUUAAAGCGUCAAUAACAACAUUAAAACAUUGUUGAUAUAUUUCUAGUUUUAAUUCAUGCAAUUUCCUAAGUAUUCUCUCCAUCCAGUAGUUUUAUUUUUGAAAUAAAUUAUUAUUCACAGUAUAAGAAUGGUGUUUAUUAUUUCUAAUUUUAGGAUUGUGACUGGUUUAUACAUUUGCAUAUAACCAUAUGAUAAGAGUUAAAUCUGCUGAAGGUCAGCUUGUUAUGCUUAUGACUAUGGUAAGUUCUAUAAAUAAUGCAUUCAUGAAAUACUCUCAUACUUGACUAUCAAAAUGUUGUUUAAACCAGCUAUUAUUCUCAUCAUCUACUUUCCAAGAGUUAAUUGAAUAGUUCACUUGCAAUUUGUACUUUCAUAUCUUGUAAUUGUGACAUUUUAAAUGGCCAUGCUGAGAUUAUUUUGUCAUUCAGUUCAUUUGUAUGGUUAAUUUAAUAAUGAGGAGAGCUUUUCUGGGCUGGUAGAUUUUUGGUAGUCAUGCUAUACAAUUCACAAAAGAAAAAUAUUCUCUUUUCAGUUUCUUCAAAAAGUAAUGAUUUACUUAUAUAUUAUUACUGUUCUCAAUCAGAUUGUAAGGCUGCUUUGUAACAAUUUGACGUAUAAGUGAUUGAUUGUUUAUUCUUUAUCUUGAUUACUGUGUUCAGGA